UGGCCUCGCCUAGAAGUUGAACGGACGCGUUUGGAUUGGGAGGAAAAGGUGGGCGGCGGGGAAAGAUGGCGGCGCACCUGUCUUACGGCCGAGUGAACUUGAACGUGCUGCGAGAGGCGGUGCGCCGGGAACUGCGCGAAUUCCUGGACAAGUGCGCGGGAAGCAAGGCCAUUGUGUGGGAUGAAUACCUCACAGGACCAUUUGGACUGAUUGCACAGUACUCACUGCUGAAGGAGCACGAAGUGGAAAAAAUGUUCACCCUGAAGGGAAGUCGUUUGCCGGCAGCUGACGUGAAGAAUAUUAUUUUUUUUGUCAGACCCAGGCUAGAACUCAUGGAUAUAAUCGCUGAAAAUGUGCUCAGCGAAGACAGGCGGGGCCCGGCGAGGGACUUCCACAUUCUGUUCGUGCCCCGGCGAAGCCUGCUGUGCGAGCAGCGGCUGAAGGACCUGGGCGUUCUGGGCUCCUUCAUCCACAGGGAGGAGUACAGCCUGGACCUCAUCCCCUUUGACGGGGACCUGUUGUCCAUGGAAUCGGAGGGCGCCUUCAAAGAGUGCUACCUGGACAGCGACCAGACCAGCCUCUACCACGCGGCCAAGGGGCUGAUGACCCUGCAGGCUCUGUACGGGACCAUCCCCCAGAUCUUCGGGAAAGGGGAGUGCGCACGGCAAGUGGCCAAUAUGAUGAUCAGGAUGAAGAGAGAGUUUACAGGAAGCCAAAAUUCAAUAUUUCCUGUUUUUGAUAAUCUUUUGUUGCUCGACCGAAACGUGGAUUUAUUAACACCUCUCGCCACUCAGCUUACGUACGAAGGACUCAUUGAUGAAAUUUACGGCAUUCAGAACAGUUACGUGAAGUUACCUCCAGAGAAGUUUGCGCCCAAGAAGCAGGGCGACGGCGGAAAGGACCUUCCCACGGAAGCCAAAAAGCUGCAGCUGAAUUCCGCGGAGGAGCUGUACGCCGAGAUCCGGGACAAGAACUUCAACGCGGUGGGCUCCGUGCUGAGCAAGAAAGCCAAGGUGAUCUCGGCGGCCUUCGAGGAACGUCACAACGCCAAGACAGUGGGGGAGAUCAAGCAGUUCGUGUCCCAGCUGCCCCACAUGCAGGCGGCGCGGGGCUCGCUGGCGAACCACACCUCCAUCGCAGAGUUAAUCAAAGACGUCACGACCUCUGAAGACUUCUUCGAUAAGCUGACGGUGGAGCAGGAGUUCAUGUCUGGGAUAGACACUGACAAGGUCAACGGCUACAUCGAGGACUGCAUCGCCCAGAAGCACCCUCUGGUCAAGGUGCUGCGCCUGAUCUGCCUGCAGUCUGUGUGCAACAGCGGGCUCAAGCAGAAGGUUCUGGAUCACUACAGACGGGAAGUUCUCCAGACAUACGGCUACGAGCACAUCCUGACCUUGCACAGCCUGGAGAAGGCCGGCCUGCUGAAGCCGCAGGUGGGCGGCAGGAACAGCUACCCCACCCUCCGGAAGACCUUGCGCCUCUGGAUGGACGACGUCAACGAGCAGAACCCCACGGACAUCUCCUACGUGUACAGCGGCUACGCCCCUCUCAGCGUGCGGCUGGCCCAGCUGCUCUCCCGGCCCGGCUGGCGCAGCAUCGAGGAGGUCCUCCGCAUCCUCCCGGGGCCCCACUUCGAGGAGCGGCAGCCCUUGCCCACGGGACUGCAGAAGAAACGUCAGCCGGGAGAAAACCGAGUCACCUUGGUCUUCUUCCUCGGGGGCGUGACCUUCGCCGAAAUCGCUGCCCUGCGCUUUCUGUCCCAGUUGGAAGACGGAGGCACGGAGUACGUCAUCGCCACCACCAAACUGAUGAACGGGGCCACCUGGAUAGAGUCCCUGAUGGAGAGGCCUGUGUAGGGCGCUCCGGGCGGACUGAGCGCGAACUGCGGCGCGCACCGCCCGGUUGAAGAAGUUGCUGGAGGGAGUGCGGCCCCGCGGAGGAAUAACAUUGCAGUACACAGUGUACGUGGGUGGCAGCCUCUUAAAUUAUGCUGGUCUCUCCUUUCUCCUUCUGUUUUGGUUCCUAACUGCUUGAAGAAAGAACAGGAGAGAACAACCUGGGUAAAGAAAUACCAGGUUUAUAUGUCCUUAAGCUCAGGAUCUUCAUUAGAGACCUCUGGAAAUAUGUUAAGGACCGCGGGGAGGGAUAAUCUGUGCAGCCCGCAAAUGGGGCCUGUUCAUCAAAUAAAGCAGGGUCCGGGCAGGUUAAAAACAAAAAUAAAAGUGGAAAGUCCAA